UAUUGAAAUGGAGUUUGCUCCAAGUUUACAUGAUUUUACUGUUCCAUUUGGUUACUUGGUUUAUUAUGAUUUUUUAAAAUUUAGUCCUCCUUGCGAUUAUAAACUAGAAAAUUGUGAUUCAUCGUUUUAAAAAAUUAGUGAAAAUUCAUGAUUAAUCUGAUCGUUUCUUGACUUUUCGAGUUUCUUUGAUAUCUUACUAACGUCAACAUUAAGACAGGAGAAUCAUAAAUAACAACAAUGAUACGAGCAAAACCAGAAGACAUUUUGGAAGGUUUCAAAAUAAAUUGGAUGAAUCUCCGAGAUGCAAGAAACGGGGAAAUAUUGUGGGAAUCGAAGGAAGAUCUUUCUAAGCCCAAUCGUGAACAUGAAGCUAAAGUACCUAGAGAUAUACUAAAAUGUCGAGCUGUUUCAAGGGAAAUUAAUUUCUCUUCAGUGCAGCCCAUGGAGAAGCUCAGAUUAGAACAAAAAGUGUUAUUUCAAGGAAAAUGUUUAGAAGAAUGGUAUUUCGUAUUUGGAUACGUUAUUCCUAAUUCAACAAAUACUUGGCAAUCAUUGAUCGAAGCUGCACCAGAAUCACAAAUGAUGCCAGCUGAUGUGUUAAAUGGCAAUCUGUUGAUUGAAACCAAGUUUUACGAUGAUGAUCUUUUAUUGAGCACGUCGCGAGUUCGUUUAUUUUACAUAUGAUCACCAUUCAUCUUCUGUCAGCUACUUAACUCAUUUCCUUAUCAUUCACGAGAUGCCACUCUAUUAAUACAGAGAUCUGUAACUCAGAACGCCAUUUUGAGCUUGCAGUUGAACGAACAAUUUGAUCAAGCUUACCAUUCGGAUUAACUAUCCUAAUAUGUAUUGUCAUUUUAUUUUUCAUUUUUUUACUUUUUAUCAUCUGAUUAUUAUCGUUGCAACUGCACAACUUACAAUAUAAGUCGAAUCAACUCUACAUUUACAACAUCGCAUUUAAAUUCACGAAUUAUUCAAUCAUACUGAAAAGCGUCGACAACAUUCACAAAUGAAUAAUUUUUUCGCAACUUCAUACAGUCAUCACUUCUUGAGAAGUCGGACAUGGAUUUUCAUCUCAUUUCUGCAGAAUUUUUCUCAUUUUUCAACAUUCCGUCCAAUCUAUUAACAAAAAAAUCAGCUUACAAAAAUAACUUCACGAAGGUUACUUUCUAAUCUUACGAAAUUUGACGUUUUGAUUAUAAUAAAAAGUGAAUUUUGUUUGA